AUGCGACGUGGCCUGACGCUGGCGGCGAUCCGCCACCGCGUCUUCCUCUGGCGCCGGGCCCUGGGCUGUGAGCGCGCCUUCGUCGUCGUCUUCCUCGGCGCUCUGGCGCUGCUAGCGCUCACGAGCGUCGUCACAGCGCCCAUCCGCUAUGCGCGCAGCGUGUACAGGGCCGACGAGCUGCCCGCGCUUCUGGCGACCGUCGUCGACGACGUCGGCCAAGCGCCGACGCUGCGCUUCCGCAUCUUGCAGCUGACCGACAUGCACUACACGGGUCGCCAGCACUACCCAUGCCGCAACCCGCCGCACAAGGUCGUCGAGCGGCACUUGCCAUGCACCGAGAGCAGGAUGACCGAGUUCAUUAGCUACCUCCUUGACACGGUCGAGCCCGACUUUGUAGUCUUUAGCGGCGACUUGAUCGAGUCGGUCGAAGUGCCCCACACGGCAGCCGAGGUUGUCGACGCGCUUCACGCCGCCACAAGCGAGGUCGUCAAGCGCAACCUGCCAUGGUCCAUGGUGUUUGGCAACCACGACGAAGGCGCGACCAUGGCGCGCCGAGAGAUGCUGGGCCAUCUCGAAGACCUGCCGUUCGGGUACAUUGCCAUGGGGCCCGAGGGCAUCGGCGGCGUCGGCAACUACGCACUCCGCGUCCAGGCGCCGCAGGACGGCCCGUGGUAUGCUCGCAAGUCGAUCAAGUCGCUCCUGCGCAUGUACUUUCUUGACUCGGUCCAAGGCCUCUUUACGCCGUCGCAGCUCGAGUUUGUGACCGAGCUCUCGGCCACCACGUACCACGAGCACGUGCCCGCGCUCAUGUUCUUCCACCACCCGUUGCACGAGUUCAAACAGUACGUGGACGGCGACGGCCAGGGCCAGCGGCUCGAGAAGGUGUCGCACGGCGACCACAACAGCGGCAUGUUUGACGCCCUCUCGCAGAUGGGCGAUGUCAAGGGCGUCUUUGUGGGUCAUGACCACUUUAACGACUAUUGCUUCUACAACGCGCCACUGCACUUGUGCUACGGCGGUGGUGUCGGCUACGGCGCGGCGUACGGCUUCGAGUACACGCCACGUCGGGCGCGUGUGAUCGAGUGGACGUGGGAGAAGGACGCGGAGCGCAUUGCCACGUGGCUGCACGAAGACCCGACUAUGGGCGGGACCGUCUCCGACAAGUACCAAGUGUUUGAGAGGAAGCAUACGCGUCAGAAGCUGCGCGCGCACGAUGAUAUCAUUCUCGUAUAA